AUGAAUAUCAAUCAAUCAUUUGAAUGCUCAACAAUAUCUCAUCAUCCAUUAAUUGAUUCUAUUCAAAAUUUAACUGUCCAAGAAGGAUUAAAGAAACAAUUUAAAGAAGUUGCUAUACAAUCGAGAAUUGCUUUAUUUAAUAUGUAUCUGAAAUCAGCUGAAGAUCAACGAGAAGAAUAUAAGAAGAAACAUGAAGCUAACGUAAAGAAAAUGGAUGCAUCUCAACAUACAUUGAAUAAAAAUGAAAAAUUAUCUUCAACAUUCGUACAACUUAUUAAUGAACGUUGUAAUAACAUUAGUGAACGUAUUAGAUGUAUCUAUAAAUUCAAGUCUGAAUCAAUUCUUUUGAACCCUUAAUUUCAUUUUUUUUGUUUCAUUCGAAAUAGUGUUA